UUCGCGCGCAAAUCUCAAUUCCAGCGACGAUUGUGUUGGCGGGUGUGUGGGGCUGGUGGUUGGUGUUUGAGCGGAAGGAUCGACACAAAGGAGCACAAAGGGAGAAGAACAGAGGGGGAGGAGACGCAGCAGCAGCAGGAGUGGUUGAGAGAGGUGACAAGACGACAAGAAAGAGAGAAGAGAGAGAGAGAUAACCAACACCAACAGUGCACAGGCCAGUGAAGGACACUCUCAAGCUGGCGGGAAAUCUGUUCGCAAGCACAACCCACCCAACAGCACAUAUAGCACCGGCAAGCAGCUGAAAGUGGACACUGGGCGGGCAGGUUCAUCGCCAAGCAGCGCCCACGUUACAUUGCACUCACUAUCCACGACGCCGCUUUGUGCGCGCGUGCAAAGACGUGGUAGUGUGUGAGCUGAUGGUUGCGGACACCCGUGCUGCAGCCACGAACCUCCGCCGACCUCUCACCUCGACACCAUGGACGAUGACACCACCAGCAAAGCACGUCGCGGCAAAGGCACACCAAACUCCGCUCAUGGCCAGCACAGAAAACCUGCCGCAGCCUUGCUGAUUCAGAACAAAACUUUCUUUAUUGAAGCCAAUGACGAAGACCUCAAACUGAGGCUACGACUUUGUGGCGCGAGGAUUGAGUUGGCCCUCGAUAAAGCCACCAACUAUGCUGUCGUGCCCGCGGCAGUGCUCACGAAAGCAUCAAACAUACCAAAGAACAGUGCUAAACUUAUGCUUCAACGGCAAAGGAAGUCGCAAGCAUUGCCGCGCCAGUCUGCGGUGGGAAGUAACAGAGCCAAACAACUCUUGGCUGCGUCGCGAUCGCAGCCACGUGCUUCUGGCAGCAACAAUGACGUCGACCCACAGCUCGCUGUUGCGCUUCAAGCCAUCAGCCUCGGCAUCCAGAUCAUCUCCACAGAGCAAGCGCGCCAGCUGUGUGAGGCGGUUCUUGGGACGCCAGCGCGUGCCUCGCUGGGACGGCGGCCCCUGUCAUCAGGUGUGGUGACUGUCUCUCGCGGCAGGCUGCGCCAGCGGCCUCAUCGACCAGGCAUCCCUUCCAACGUCCCAACUACACGUCGAAAGGUCUUGGAUUCGCCGUUUCUCAAGCUGGAGGAGCGAUGUGGUGCAUUUCGGGCGAGCUACAUUGAAUUUGCUCGACAAGGAUCCUACAAGCGCUUUCCCCGCGUCAACUUCCUUGCACCGUAUGACUACUCGCCGUUCAACCAGAAGAAGAGGGCGGGAAAGCGGGCGCGGAGGCGGCAGAGGAAGAAGAAGAAGCGGCGCAUAGGUAUGCAGCCAACAGAUGCCCCUCACGGCAUGUGCGAGGCGUGCAUGAGACGCUACCGGUCGGGCGUGGACGACCACCGCAGGUCAUCCAGGCACGUUGCAUACCAUGCCAACAAGCAGGAGUGGAGCGGCGUCACAAAGUGGAUGCAGAUCUACGACCUCGACAGGGCCAUGCAGGAGUGGGAGGACUCUGCAAAGGACGCUGACUCUGCCCGGGGUGCGCCAACCACCCCCUCAAGGCACGCAAGCAGGCAGCAGGCACUUGCAUUCGCCACGCGCCCAUACAAUCCAGACGUGACAAGACUGCAUGCAAGACAUGGUGGUCACCCCAACACACCCACUACCGCCAGUGCAGCUGUGGUUGCAUCAACCCUGCCCAACACAACAGCAGCCACCACCACUGCUGCUGCUGCUGCUGCCGCGGCCGCCACAACAGCAGCCGCGUCCACUGCCACUGCCACCAUCCCUGGAGCAGCGCCGCAGCACGCCAUCUCAGAGAGUGUGGACGUCUUGCUCAAUUCGCCAUCGCCAGACAAGGUGGUGCGGAAGCACGCCAUUCUGCGUCAUUCGCGAUUGCAGGCUGGACACCUCCCCCUGCGCCGCCUCCUUCGCGAAACCUCCGACGCCCCCGCAACCAGCGCAGCUACCGCCAGUGCAAGCGCCCAACCCAGGCCGGUGCGAGAACCAGCGGACGCGCAGCAGCGGCUGCGCGCCACAGGCAACAACAGCAGAAGCACCGGGUUCACAGCCACGACCGCUGGGGCUUUGGCCGCCAACGUCGAGGAGGACAUGCUGUGUGCUAGCCCAAGCGAGACAACUCAGUCGCCUCGUCGUCAUCGCAGUACCCAGUGGCACCGCAGGCUGUGGGCGGCGCGCGUGAACUUGGCCGCAGGCACGCAUGGCCAAAAGUGUACCGAUAAUGAUGAAGACAAUGGUGAUGAUGACGACGAUGGCGAUGAUGAAGACAAUGGUGAUGAUAACGGCAAUGGAGUCCGUGACAUUGGUGAUGACGAUGGUGAUGAUGAUGAUGAUGACGAUGGUGGCGAUGGUGGCGAUGGUGAUGAUGAUGAUGAUGAUGAUGAUGAUGAUGAUGAUGAUGAUGAUGAUGAUGAUGAUGAUGAUGAUGAUGAUGAUGAUGAUGAUGGGCUUGACUCAAAGCACCGCCAGCAUUUGGCAAGUGUCAAGGGCUCCCUUCAAGCGCCGGCGCAGCUGCAGCUACACGACCGUCGCCUUCAGCACCACCAAGGACCCAGAAUACACAGUGGUGCUGUGGGUGGCGGUGGCUCGAAUGCACCGCUUGCACAUGCCGCUGCCGGUGCCACCAGCGACGAAGACCCGUUUGAUUCGUAUGUUCCAACCACGAGCGACUUCCCGCCUGGCGACACCAGCGCCGGCGAUGGCGGAUUUGGGCGCUCAACGGAUACCUCGCACAGCCACGCUUUUCCGCACAUCCUCACUGGCUUGCGCGGCUGUGUCGCCACCACCACUGCUGCCGUUCACGAGGCCCACGAGCAAGGUCACCACGCUCAGCAGAUGCCUUUAAGUCAGGAAGGCGGUGGGCGUGGCGGGCCCUGCCCACACAGAGGGGAUCUGGCAAUGAUUGUGGAGGAAGAUGACGAAGAAGGCGGUGCCUUUGCUGUGGACUGCCUUGUCAUGGAUGAGCAGGAGGAACAUGCCCGCAACGGCGAUGUUGACAACGGAGGUGUCGAGAAUGCGCCAGGCGGCGGUGAGCGUCAGGGGCAUGGGCACACGGCAGUCGAUCCAGCUCAUGACGACGAGGGCGCCCGUAAGCAAAUGCAUACAGGCAAAGGCAACGACCAGCGCCCGGACGAAGACGACGAAGGUGGUGGUGGUGGUGAUGAUGACAAUAUCAACGACAAUGACGAUGAUAAUGACAACGACGACGACGACGAUGAUGACGAUUACUUGCCGAGUGGUGAUGAUGCUGGCGCGGAUCACGAAGAGAGCGAUGAUUCACUUCUGCGUGAUGUGUUGUCCAGUGGUCGAAACACCCUGGCAUCCACGCGCCGCCCCAGCGAGCGCUUCGAGCCACUUGCUUUCCCCCCAACGACAACAGCAGCAGCAGCAGCUGCUGCUGCGACCACUCUGCACGACAUGGACCUGGCUGUUGCAUCCCCAUCACCACACAGCAUGCUGAUGCAAGAGCCCGACACGUACUCUGCAGCGGCCGGCAUCCUCGCUGGCUCGCCGUCCCGUGCCCGUAUCCACCGCCCGCACGCCAGCACAGCUCCACUCGCCCAGUCAGCCCAUAAUGCGCGCUUUCCCGCGCACGUCUUGAGCACGGAUGCGCGGCUGCAGCGGCUGAUUGCCAAUGUCCUCAUCAACCGCAACCGCUUUAGCAACGAGGCGCUGCUGGCCGAUGCUGCACGCAAGAGUCGCACACCUACGCCAACACCAACAACGCCAGCCGCUGUGUCGACGUCGAAGCCAACUGCAGCGGCUUGUCCUGAUCAAGUGCAACCGAGCAGCGUCCGGCACAUGAAAGAAGCGCACGCUGUUGACGAUGAUGGCAAUCAUGCCAGCACCGGCCAUGAUAAUGAUGAUGGACAUUGCAAACGCCACGGUUCUGAUGGGCUUGGGCAUCCCGAUCACGGCACUGCCAAUGCUGGCACCGGUGACGGUGAUGGAGACAUGCGCGUGUCGUCCACGCCAUUGUUUCACACGCUUCAGGCCGCGUUCCACGCAGACGAUGAGGAUCAAGACACAGCGAAGGACACCACGCCAACCGACACAGCUGGGGCUCAUGGCGGACAGCGUGACACCGAAGCACAGCAUGAUGCAGCGGAUGGCACCGGGAGUGAAGUUGCAGAUGCGGAUGCGGGUCAUGGGAAGGAUGAGCAGCAACGAUGUCUGCUGUCCAACACACCGAACACACCGAACACAGACAUGUCUCGUGGUGAACUUGAAGGUGCAGCGAGUGACAAGGGCGAGGAAGAUGAGUACGAGGUGGUGGAGUACGAAGAGAUUGAAGAGUAUGAGGAGGUGCAAACUGACGACAAUGAUGAGGGUGAGGCUGACGCUGAUGGUAAUGAUGCAAAUGAGGCAAAAGCCCUCAAUUUGGAGGGACAGGCGCAAAGACAUGGUAAGGGUACAACUGAACAGCAACAAGAAGAGCAUGACAACCCAGUCGAAGCUGCUGCCAUGCGCGAGCAAGAAAAGCAGACAGACUUUGCCCAAGAGGGCGCGCGUGUUGCCGUUGAGCCUACAGCACCAACAGCUGUUGUGGAUUCCAGCAUCGAAGGCGUGGCUGAUCUCGUGAAGCAAGGGUACCCAGGUGUGCAGCAGACGAGCAACGCACCCAGAUGGAGCAAGCAGCUUCACCUCGCAAGGCGACCUCACCUCCUGUAG